AUGAGGUUAACAGCGCUUCUCUCCGCCUUCUUUAGCGGGACAACUAUCCAUGCUCAGUCCAUUGAGUUUGACGUGGCCAAGAUCAACAGGGAAGCUGGUGCCGCUCCUUUAAUCGAGCCACCCAACGACCGCUGUACUUGCGAAUGGACUCAAUGGAUCAGCUCCGACUCUCCAAAAAAGAACGACGAUGACAAUUUAGUUGCUGGUAGUCAAAGUAAUGGCCAAACUGACGACGAAAAGUUCGAGUCACUCAGACGUCGAGGUUAUGAUAUCUGCGAGAAGCCCAAAGGCGUCCAGUGCUGGGACAUAUACACCAACACAGAAGCGACUUACGGAAGCGAAGUAUACUGCUCUGUUUCUGAGGGUCUUUUCUGCGACUUUAUUUGCUCUGACUAUGCAAUCCGUGUGGCCUGUUGCAAGUGCACGCCGAAAACUGUCGGGCCGCAGUUCAUGCUACAGCAGAAUGGAAAAUGCGUUUCGUACAAAAAGAACUCGCCGCGCCAAAAGAUCCACUUGGAAGACUGUGACCCGGCCACAUCUUACUGGGAGUGGGGCGAAAAUAGUGUCCUGAAAACUGUAGGCGAGAGCAAUUCGUAUUGUCUGACGACUCAGGGCGGACUCACAAAUCAAGUAGGGCAGGCGCUCAUUCUUGACGAGUGCAACGGCGAUGGAGCGGGCCAACAGUGGAGUCCAAUCUUGAAGGUCAAGUCUACUCUCGUUCAGCUGAAAAGCUCAGAAGCAGUGGAAGGAACCGAACUUUAUCUCCACUAUAGAAGUCGCAAUAGCGAAAUCCGUCUUCACAAGUCACCCAAAGCUUCCUCUCAGUAUACAGUCAUCCCGGUACCCGGAGCAGUCGACUUCAGCGUCGGCGCAGAAAGUCCUAACGCGCUCAACUUGACAAACUUCCAGUUCCAAACUUGCGAAGCACUACCCACUGUUGAAUUCGGGCAAUGGGACUGUACAUCCUACAAUCUGUACUCGUCUGAGUGUUUGCUUCAAUGCGAUCCCGGCUACAAAUCUUCCUCGCAAAAAGACUCGCUUCAGAUUUGCACAGCUUCUGGAUGGUCUGGCGAGGCGUUGGACGAGUUCGAGUGCGUUCCGAUGGAUUGCCCGGCUAUUCUCCCUCCCGAAAACGGCAACAUCAAUUGCGACGGAAAAGGCGCUAAGUCUAGCUGCACUAUUUCAUGCAAAGCAGGAUACUACCUAGACUCGGGACCAAACUCUUUUAUCGAUCUCUACAAAGUGAAAUGUAACAUCGGUGGGACAUGGGAUCAGUCCACUGACAAUUUGAUCUGCAGGCCUCUCUUCUGCGACGCACUCGACUUGGAUCCGACAGUUCACCAGCAAUGUAGUGGCGAAGAUGGCGCACAACAUCUUGUAGGCGACGUAUGUGAGAUAAAUUGCUUGGAUGAGAACGCCACUCCUCAAAAAGGCUAUGAAUCGGAAGUCAAAUGCAUCGUUGCGCCUUCCUCUCCUCGAAGAGCAAUGUGGUCUCUUCCAGAAGAUAGAUUGCUCAAAUGCAAGGUAUUGGUUUGCGAAGAGAUCGUCAUCAUGCCUCCACUGGAAAUCAAGGCUUCUGCAGAAGACUCAUCCGAAGAGGACCGACUGUACCCAAGCACAUCGAUUGAUUUUGAAUGUCCGAAGGGCUUCGAAUUGAUUGGUGCUUCAAGAAUCGUCUGCAAACUAUCAGAGGACCAUUCUAAGGUUUCUUGGUCGGAGCCGACACCGCAGUGUCGCCGUUUAGAGUGCAAAGAAAGCAUAGAAAUAAACAGGGGAAGACUUCAGUGCACGACGCAGCGCUAUUUUGACUCCACAUGCACAGUCAAGUGUGAUGAAGGUUAUAAACCAGAAGAAGAUGGACUGAUCUCGGCGCGAUGCCAGCAAGAUCUCGCCUGGUCGAAUAGAUUUACGGACUGCAUCCCUAAAGAGUGCCCACCUUUGGCGAAUCCAAUAAAUGGCGUUAAAAACGCAUGUUCUAGCGCUGAAGGCUCAGUCUGUUCUUUUUCUUGCAACGAAGGAUUUCGGCUAGAUGGAGCCGAAGAGCUGACUUGCAUCAAUGAAAAAUGGGACCAUCCCGUUCCAACUUGCGUGAAAGUUGAGUGCGAGGCCAUCGAUCAACUUCCGUUCCCCAAUGGCAUUAAUCUCUGUGGUGGGCACGUCUUCAACUCUGAGUGCCGGCUAAAGUGCAAUCAAGACGCGAUUAUGCAAGGACCAGAUCUGGUUACUUGCGAGGCAGAUGGAAACUGGUCCGCAGAGACUAAAUGCAUCCAAUUGUCAUGCGAUGUAAGCCAUUUGAAAGAUGAGAUCACCGAUAAAAACUGUCCAUCAAAUCUAAAAGUUGGCGAAGCAUGUUCUUUUCAUUGCCCAGAAGGUCAAAAAUCAGCAACUACUGAAGUGCGAUGUGUAAAUGUUGAUAACUCAGCUCAGUUAGAAGUCCCCACUUGCAUGGAAAUAUACUGCAAUCCUCGAUGUCCUGAAGGCGAAGUCUGUCCAAUUCCGGACGGUCAUUACAAAUGCGCUGGAAGUACCUAUGGAUCUACUUGCGAGUCCUUCUGCGACGAUGGCUUCACUCUACUUGGCAAUAAAAUAUCAACCUGUGGUGAAGAGGGCUGGGAUUCUGACAUUCCGACCUGUAGACAAGCGAAGUGCAAUCGCAGAGAAAAUCCGAAGAAUGGACAGCUCAAGUGUACUACAAGAGGUCGCCUUGAAUGCGACUAUGUAUGUGAUGAAGGAUACGUCCUGGCAGAAAACUCAGUUCAAAAGAUACGUUGUCGAUCUUCUGGCGAGUGGAAAAACGAGCCGUUUGACUCUAGCCCCGCAACUUGUAUUCCACGGGAAUGUCAACAACUAUCGACAAUCCAGCAUGGAAACAUAAUUUGCACUGAGGAUAACCGGCUAAACUCAGUUUGCACUCUCGUAUGCAACUCUGGCUACCACAUUAUUCUCUCACUAAAGGAAUCUCUCAACAGCCUUUUGUUGAGCUGCAAAGUGCAAGAGGGCCGCCUUGACUGGGUUGAUUCCGAUAAUGUCGUUAAUAAAAAUCCUGAAUGUACUCCAAGAACUUGCACUGCCUUUCCUGAUGAUGGAAAAAUCAACGGCGGCCAUUUGGAAUGCUCCAACGAAUUUUACUUUGAGUCAAGUUGUAGGACUGUCUGCGAAGAGGGUUUUACACUCGAAAACGAAAACGUUAUCACUUGCGAAAUUCGAAAUAAUGAUAUGAAAUGGUCUGGUGUUCCUGGCAAAUGCAAGCAAAUAACUUGCGAAAAUCCAACGCUUGAAAAUGGUGUCUUUGACUGCGAGGGCGAUGUUUACGGAAGUAGAUGUACCGCGUCAUGUAACGAGAACUACGAGCUUCUCGGCGACAGGGAAAUUAUCUGCGGCGUUGAUGGCGUUUUCACCGCCACGAUAGACGCACUUCCUUCAUGCCGAAAGAUCACCUGUCCACUAAUUGAAGCGCCUGACAAUGGAGUUAUCAAAAUAAGCUCUGGACUCCAGGCUGAAGUUGGUUCAACCGCCUCCUUGAGUUGUGAUGAUGGCUACCAAAUUUGGAAAGGUGAUAAGAAGAAUCUCGUUGAAACAGUCAACUGCUUGUCCGACGGUUCCUGGGACGCAGAGCUCACAGCUAUCUGCAACGAGUUCCCCCAAUGUAGACCACCCAAUCCUGACAUAUGGAGUUGCUCAUUGAUUCUCCAGAAUCAGAUAAAUUUUUGUCGCACUGUCUGUCAAACCCAGCUUCAGAACGUACAGCUCUAUCGACGACGACCAAACAAUGACGUGUAUGAACUACUCGAAAUUGAAGACUUGCAGACGCGAUGUUCAAAGAGCUCUUGGGACACCGAGAAGACCGACAACUGGGUCCCCGACGACAUAGCGUGCAUUCCUCGCUGCACCGACUUGACGGAGGUGCACUUAGAUGAGGAACUGCGAAUUGAAAUUAGCUGCUCGCAUGAGAAAGGAAUCAAAUAUUCACUUCAUUCCACAUGCUCCUUCAAAUUGAAGGAGAACUUUGCAGAGGACUAUUCGCUCAGCCAAAAUCAAACCAUUUGUCAAGUCGACAGCGAAGUGGGUGCAGUCUGGAGUGACUUUUCAUCAAUCAUUCAAAAGCGAGAGGCAAUUACACCAGUCGUUCCAAAGAACGACCCGAUUCUAGGACCUCCUGAAGGUGAGGACGAUGAACCUGGCAAGGCGAACAUCGCUGCAAUUAUUGUCCCUAUUCUUCUUGUUGGGUUCUUGGUUGGUGGCUUUCUCUUCUACAAAAGGCAAAAGUCAUCUGAUGGAGAGAAAUCUUCCAAGGAUUAUCCUGGCUAUUCAAGUGGCCUUUCUGGUGGCGAUGAGUUGCAAAAUCUUCUUGAUACAAAUCGACGGCCUGUAAGCACUCACCGAGAUUCUCGAAUGACCGAAUCACUCUUCACCGACUCAACUGUUACCUUCGAAAAGCUAGAGCAUGAGUAUCAAAAGCGACUUGCUGACGAUAGUAAACUUAUGCGGGAGGAGUUUGAGAGCAUCAACGAUCUUCCUAAUCACAACGAAAAAUGCUCGAGUGCAAUGCAAGACUCUAAUAAGCCAAAGAACCGCUACAACAAUGUGAUUCCUUAUGACGACUAUCGUGUUCGAUUGAAAGAAAAACCUGGCGAUCCCUUUUCUGACUACAUCAAUGCUUCUUAUAUUGAUGGCAAGUACGCUAGAGAGUACAUUGCAGCCUCAGCACCAAUGGCAAACACACUCGACGACUUCUGGCGAAUGAUUUGGGAAGAAAAGAGUUACAUUAUUAUGAUGUUGAGCAAUCUUGAAGAAGCUGGACCGACAGGAGCAAUUCAAGUGAAAUCUGAGCGCUACUGGCCUGAGCAAAUCGGCGAUACUCUAUCUACCGAUGAUUAUGAUGUCUUUUUGGAACGUGAGAUCUAUCUGAUGGAUUUUGUCAUUCGUCAGUUGGUUCUCACAGACAAUAACUCGCCUGGAAAGCAAUCGCGGACUGUUUACCAGUUCCAUUUUACAUCUUGGAAAGACUUCUCGACCACCUCCGAAAUGAGCCUCAUUAAAUUCCUGCGAAAAAUGCGAAUCUACCAAAGAGACAAUGUUCCGUAUGGCUGCGACGUUCACGCACCACUUAUUGUCCAUUGCUCCGCGGGCUGUGGCCGAGCUGGCACCUUUAUUUCAAUAGACAGAAUGACGCGACAACUGGAUGAAGCCGGACAAAUGGAUUUACCUCGAUUUGUGUUGAAAAUGCGCCAGCAGCGUAUGAAAAUGGUCCAGACAAUGGAGCAGUACUCAUUCAUCUACGCCGUUCUGGUCGAAAAGAAGGCAGUUGGGGACACAGAAAUUGAAAUAAGCGAACUUCAUGAAUGGGUGGAGAACAACAAACGACAGAUGCCCGGAGGAACUACUGGAAUUCAACACGAGUUCGACAAGUUGAACAGUUUGAAAACCCGCCAAGAUCGAAUUAUUUCUGGAAACAAACCCUUGAAUUUGGCUAAAAACCGCAUCGGUACGAUUCUCCCAUUCGACCAUAACCGAGUUCCACUGACCACGAAGACUGACGAUGCUGACUACAUCAACGCAUCAUUUAUUGACGGAUACUUCCAUCCAAAAACCUUCAUUGCAACGCAAGCGCCGUUGGUAGACACUGUCGAGGAUCUUUGGCGAAUGAUGUUCGAGCAACGCUCGGUGACGCUCAUCACGCUCAACGACUUCGACUCUGCAGGUUUGCCCGUCUUCUGGCCGGAUCAGGAGCGUGAAUGGCACGAGUGGAGUAUCGACGAGGGACGAAUGGUCCUCGCCAAGAGUGAAAUGGAAACUGAAAUAGCCGUCAUCAAGACAAUGGACGGCGCAGCUUGGGAAGGCUCUGAAGGGCGAAUCUCAAAACGCAUGUUCCAACUGUUUUCCUACGCUGAUAAGAACGAACAUGAGGACGUGCUUGAGAUUUCACAGUAUCAUAUCAGUGGCUGGACGAGUGAUCAGGUGCCUGAAAACAUUGACGAGAUUGUCUACCUGAUAAACUCUAUCGACUCGCAGCGAAGACAAAACGAUGAUACGAGUCCAAUAACAGUACACUGUAGUACUGGCGCAGGAGCAACUGGCGCAUUUAUAGGCCUUUACAUUGCCAUUGAUCAAAUGAAAUCGGAGCAAGCUGUUGAUGUCCUUCAAAUCGUCAAGUCGCUGAGAAACCAAAGGCAACGUUCCGUCCAGACAGAAUCACAGUACGAGUUCAUCUACAAUGGUGCUAAAAGCAUCUCGCAGAGCCUGGACGAUUCUACGCCAAUCUAG